AUGACUACAAGAGCACAGUGCAGACUGCUCAAUGAGGUGAAGAAGAAUCCUAGAGUGUCUGCUAAAGACUUACAAAAGUCUCUGGCAUAUGCAAACAUCCCUGUUAGCGAAUCUACGAAACAGAAAUGGUCAAGAAUUACUCCUGACUGUUGUGCACGUCUGAUCUGCAACUACAGGAAAUGUUUGGUUGAAGUUAUUUUUGCCAAAGAGGUUCAAGCAGUUAUUAAAUCCAAGGUGUAUCUGGAAUCAUUCUUGUAUGCAGUUCAUGGACCUAAAAACUUAAGAAGCCUGAAGAAAGGGGAGUUUACAGGAAAUGUGCAAAGUAUGUACAACAAUGACAGCAAAAUCCAAGACAUUAUUUUAUCUGGAUUUUCAGAACUCCAACAUUCCCGAGGUUUAGUCUUCACAAUAUUUCUAUUUAUCUACCUAUUUAUAGUGUUUGGUAAUGGGCUGAUAUUAUUCUUGAUCUUGCUGGAGCCCAGUCUCCGGUUUCCAAUGUACUUCUUCAUUGGGACUUUAUCCUUUACAGAAAUCUGUUUUACAGCUGUGACUAUCCCUAAAUUGUUGGCUGAUCUGUUGGCUGAGAACAAGAAAACAUCUUUCAUUGGUUGUCUCUUACAAGCUUAUUUCCUACACAUCUUGGGAGCUACUGAAUGUUAUGUGCUCACAUUAAUGGCCUAUGACAGGUAUCUGGCCAUCUCCAAGCCUUUACGAUAUUCCACCAUUAUGACUACGGGUCUGUUUAUAAAAUUGGUCAUUGUGUGUCUUCUGUGGUCAUUGUUUACUCCAAUUAUGGAGACAAUUUUAAUCUCUCGUCUUCCUUUUUGUGGUCCAAAUAAAGUAGAGAACAUUUUCUGUGAUUUUCCUCCUCUGAUUGAUUUAGCCUGUUCAGACACCAAAUUACUUAAGAUGGUGGAGUCUUCCCUUAGCUCUGUCAUCAUGCUGAAUUUUGUGUGUGUACUCCUUUCUUAUAUAAAGAUUAUAUUUGAUAUUCUGAAGAUCAAGUCUACAGUUGGACGUCAGAAGGCCUUCUCUACUUGUGGUUCCCAUCUUAUUGUUGUUGUGUUAUUUUUUGUCAGUGUUGGUUUCAUGUAUAUACGCAUUGCCAAGUCCUACUCUCUGGACUACAAUCGGGCUGUUGGACUCACCUUUGCUGUCUUUGUACCUUUAGCAAAUCCUGUUAUAUAUGGCUUGAGAAACCACAAAAUUAAAAAAACGUUUAAAAAACUUUGCAAUCGUUUUCAUUUGAAAUGA